AUGAGCGAUGAUGACAUGGGCAUGCGGCAGGAGCUCCCGGAAGGUAUCAAGAAGGAGAUCUUGAAAGAAGCGCCGGAGUCCAACUACUCGACGCCUAAGGCAGGCGACGAGGUGACAGUGCAUUACGUGGGCACCUUGGAGUCUGAUGGGACCGAAUUCGAUUCUUCACGUUCCAGGGACAAGCCGUUUACCUUCAUCAUUGGCAAGGGCCAGGUGAUCGAGGGAUGGGACCUUGGCGUGGCAACGAUGAAGAAGGGCGAGGUGGCCAAGUUCACGAUCGCCUCGGAGCAUGCCUACGGUGACCAGGGGUCUCCGCCCAAGAUCCCAGAGAAGGCCACCCUAAUCUUCGAAGUGGAGCUGCUGGACUUCACCAACCAGGAAGACCUUUUCUCAGAUGGCGGAGUCCUGAAAGUGAUGGUCAAGGAAGGCUCCGGCUGGAAGGCGCCCCAGAUGAACACGGAGCUGAAGAUCUCGCUAAAGGUCUGCAAGCCGGACGGAAGUGUCAUCGAGGACAAGGGCUCUUUCGAGUACACGAUGGGGUCCACAGCGCUGGGGCCGCUGACCAAAGCUGUGGAGAAGGCUCUCCUGCGCAUGAAGAAAGGCGAGCAGUGCAAGUUGCAAUGCUCAAAGGACUACGCGCUUGGAGACGCCCAUCCUGAAGGUGUUGUCAUUGACCUGGCGAUCGACGAGUUGUACGAGGUCACCGAUGUCUCCAUUGCUAAAGACAAGUCGCUGAUGAAGAAGCAGAUCAAAGAGGGUGAGGGCUACGAAAGGCCCAAGGAGAGUGCCAAGAUUUCCCUGAAAGUCGAGGCCGCUACUGAUGGCUCUGGGCCGUUGUCCGGAUUUAGCGCCAAGACGCUCGAGUUUGCGGCUGGAGACGGGAACGUCUGCGACGCUUUGGAGUUGGCGGUCAUGGACAUGAAGAAAGGCGAGAGGGCACUUCUCACCUGUACCUCACCAGCGCUCUGUCAGGAGGCCCAGCUCGGCCUGGCGCAGAUCAAGGCCGACAAGGUGGUCUUCACCUUGGAGCUGUCUAGCUUCGAGAAGGCAAAGGACAUCUGGGACAUGUCUGAGGAUGAGAAGAUUGAGUUCGCCUCAGCUCGCAAGGAGGUUGGCGGGAAGCUUUUCAAAGAAGGCCGCUUUCUGCUGGCGAUGGAGCGGUACAAGAAGGUUGCAGACAUGUUCAGCUACACUGACAACUAUCAGGCAGAAAACAAGGCAAAAGCCACAGAUCUGAAGAAGGUCUGCACCCUCAACAAGGCCGCAUGCCAACUGAAGUGCGAGCUGUUCGCGGAUGCCAAGACCUCGUGCAACACGGUUCUGAAGGACGACUCGGCUAACCUGAAGGCACUUUUCCGGCGAGCCCAGGCAGAGCUCGGCCUCAAGAACUUUGGGGACUGUACCAGGGAUGUCAAGCGCAUCUUGGAGAUUGACCCGCAGAACAGGGAGGCAAGGGCACUGGCCAAGCAGGCGGCAUCCGGGCAGAAAGAGGAGGAUCAGAAAUCCAAGGGCCUGUUCGGGAAGAUGUGCCAAGCUCUCGGUAAGGGGCCAAUCCGCGAACCCUACAAGGAACGUCGAUUCGACUUCGACGCCGAGCAGGACGAGGACAUGCCGCAGCAAGAAGAGGGAGAAGCCAAGGAAGCUUGA